AAAGGGGUUUAUCUACAGCCACUGCAUUUCACUAGGGUUUAUGCAUAAGCCCUCAUUUAUAACGUGGCGGGAAAGAGUAAUCGGAUUUCAGUUUCUCUACCAAUUCCAUCAAAUUCUGAAUGAAUUCCUCCGCCUCUGUGCAAUUUUUUCAAGGCACGAGUCAAUUUGAGCGUUUUUCAUUCAGGAAACUACAGCAACUCUCUUCCCCAAAGUGGAAUUCCAUCUAUUUCGUGAUCGUAGCUGCACGGAGUGAAGCUGUUUGGUGUAGCUGUGAGGAAGGUGCAAUCAGAGUUGAUUAGUUUUAUCAGAAUGACGUUGAAUUGAAUCUGAUUUUGCUGCAGCAUGAUCAGUUAUCAGUUUGAUUUUUUGGGUUUCUGCUCAAUUUUUGAACUCUCUGUAGAAUGUUAUUUUGCACCCUUUAUCUUUUACCCAAGAGAGGAAGAUUGUUUUUUUCGUUAUCCCACUUAAUGAGUGUUUCCACUUCUUGCUGUGCUGCUCAAGAUACUGGUUUCUUGUCGGACGAUAAUGUGUUGCUGGAAUCGUGUGAAUACGGAGAGUUGCAGCAGAGGAUGCAGAGGCAUGCUGCCUCCGGCUGCAUUAGCAAAGCCCUUGAGACUCUCAACUGUAUGAGGGAUCAUGUUCCGGGUAAACCUACCGUUUAUGACUAUAAUGCGAUGAUCAGGUAUUUUUUGAAGUCCGGUAGUGUGGCGUUUGAUGUGUUGUUUGAGGUGUACAGUGGGAUGAAACGGUUUGGGCCGAGCCCGAAUCUGUUAACUUAUCAAACACUCUUGAAUGGGAUGAUUUCUGUUGGCAGAUUGAAAGAUGCAGUAUAUAUUACAGAUGAGAUGAUGGCGGCUGGGUUUUCCCCUUCAUUUACAAAUCUGUCAAAGUUGUUCAAGAAGCUGUUGAAAACAGUAAGUGUAGAUGAUGCUGUUUUGGUGCUUGAGAUUAUGUUGAGUGUCAACUAUAUUCCAAGUCAGUGUGAUGUAAGUGCCUUGAUCCAAGGUCUUUGUCAAGUAGGGAUGGUUCGGGUGGCAUUUUCGUUGUUUGUGAAACUUUCGGGGAAGGGAUACUUUUGUGGGGGGAUUAUUUAUAAUCCCAUACUCUGGGCUUUAUGUAAGUCGAAGCAAACUUGUGCCGCUUUAGCAGUUUUUGGUUUCUUAGAAAAGAAGGGCUUUGUGCGCUCAGUUUACUCUUAUACUGCACUGGUUUAUGGUUUUGGUAAGGAUAGGCUAUGGCGUGAAGCUUUUUGCUGUUUAGAGGAAAUGGAAAAGGUUGGUUCUAAGCCUAGUGUGGUCACUUAUACAGUACUUAUUAAGGGUCUCUGUGAUGAUGGGAAAGUUGAUGUGGCGCUGAACCUUUUGGGAAAGAUGGAAGAGAGAGGAUGUGACCCUGACUUAAUUGUAUACAACAUAGUUCUCCGCGAGCUUUGCAAUCAAGGUAGAGAAGUUGACAUUUAUGAUCUUGUUCAAGUUAUUGAUCAAAAGGGCUUGUCGCCUGACAUGUAUACUCAUGCCGCGUUGGCUGGAGGCAUGUUGAAAAGGGGCAAUGUGGAGGUUGUCAAUAAGUUGUUGCUCAAUAUUAUACUAAGGCGCUGCUCUGUAGAUGCUGUCAUUUACAACAUAUAUCUGCAUUCAAUGUGUUGUAAUGGUAAUUCUGGAGAAGCUUUGUCCAUGUUGCAGAGUAUGAUGGAAAAGGGUUUUAGACCUACAAAUGCACAAUACAACACAAUUCUUAAGGGAUUGUGCAAGGAGAGAAAUUUUUACGAAGCUUUCAAGUUAUUUGAUAGUAUUAUGUGGCCUAGCGAUGGACCUGAUUUGAUUUCCUUCAAUACAGUUUUGUCUGUUGCAUGUAAACUAGGAAAUUUGUCCAUUGUACAGCGAAUUUUGUGGCAGAUGGAAUAUGAUGGAAUAAAACUCGAUGUUGUGAGCUUUACAUCUCUGAUUCAGUAUUAUUGUACAAGUGGCAAAAUCACAGACUGCUUAAAGCUUGUGGAAUCCAUGGUGAUUAAUGGUCCCAGGCCUAAUACAGUCACUGUUAACACCCUUCUUAUUGGACUCUGUAAGAAUCAACAAUUUGGAUUAGCAGAAAGAUAUUUCAACUAUUUUAAACAGAUUGGAAUUUCGCCCGAUGCUCGUAUUUAUAGCAGGAUAAAGAGCGGACGAUAUUCUUAUCAAGUUGGAGAGGUGUUGGACUUUGACAAAGGCACCUAGUCGACAAAGUGCAAUCAUGAAGUCAUGCUAAUUUGGUUCCACAAACACUUAUUCAAUGAAGCAUGCAGUCAUGAAUGACGAGAAUAGGCCAUCCAGCCUUGGGGAGCACGGGCAAAAUUCUUAUGCUCAUCAAAUGGAUUGCCACCUCUAUAUCCUUCAGCAAAACAAGAUGACAAAUGGGUCUCACGAGCAAGCUUGAAAAGAGCCGCACCUGACAAACCAGCAGGGAGUUCAGCUGCUUGUCACCCACAUAAGAAAAGGGCUGUUCUUAAGGAUGUAACUAAUAUCAACUGUGGAAACUUGUACAUAAACUGCAUCAAUGCAGCGAAAGGUCAGCCUAUCAGGCAGGACAGAAAGGGAUCCUUACAGAAGAAGGGAAAGGUUGAACCUGCUUGUUUUGCUAAAAAUUCCAAGGUUCUGGGAGUUAAAGGAGAAAACAUAGUGGACGAGAUACGCCAAGUAGAAGCAGAGGGAUCCAAGGAUACCUGUCCUGCUGUAGACUUGCCAACUGAACCAACUGAAUUAAAAAAUGAAGAAAUGUCAGCUACAGCAGGUUCGGUUCCUCUGAAGAUAGAUUCCAUCAAAAGUUGGGGUCCAUCUGAUAGAGAUGAAAGCGUGCUUUGCAUGAAACAGGAGAACAUGGAAGAUAGGGGAGUUAUUGAUAUAGAUUCAAGACACAGGAAUCCACAGAUGUGUAGCCUCUAUGCAGCUGAUAUAUAUACUAGUUUAUUCGCAAGACAGAUUUGUUAGGCUGUCACUGAUUUUCUAAAUGCUGCUGUGGUCUGAUUUUGUGUGUAACUCAGCAUGGGAUUAUCAGAAGCCUUGUGUGAUAUUGCUUCCAUAAGUUUCACAGUCCACUUUAUUGUUGAUUAGGAUGCAUUAUGAGCUUAUUAGAAGAAGAAGAAGAAGAAGAAGAAGAAGAAGAAGAUGUUUGUAAUUAGUUUAGAACUUCCAAUAGCAUCAUUACAUGAUUUUCUUAGAACUACCACUCAUCUAUAAAAUAAAUGAUCUACAUAGAUCAAUUGACAACUUAUUUGUUUAUUCCUACUCAGAUAGAGAACAAUAAAAUCCAAUUGAAGGCAUAAAAGCAAUAACAUUUCAACGAGCUAGGCAAUUUGAAGAGUAAUUGACAGUUGAUUGAUCAGGCAUUAACUUGUGCUCCAGAGUCGUAUAUGUCUCCGGCUUUCCAGUUAUCCGGUAUGUCAUUCACUGGAACUAUCCAUUUCUCGUCUCCAUUUUCAUCACUAAAGAGCAUCCUUACUGAAAGUGGUCCACUAGGCGGUGACGUAGCUGUCCAUACUGCUCCAUAACUCCGAUCCAAUAGCUUGCAUGUGUAACUUUGUGUCUGUGUACAUAAGAAAGCAAAGUUAUGUUUUGGUAUACCAUCUCUCGACCUUUCCUUUUUCUUUGCAGUGAAAGACCAAGAACUACACAUCCUAACUGUGUCACGAGCAUUGGUGAAGAAUGCAUAUUCAAAGCUUUAAAAGAAUUCGGGUAGUAAGACGCCCUCGACUGCGUGAAACAAUCCGUGCACGGAGCAGCAUCCCCGAGAGAUUCCAAGAGGAAAAGUGCCGCUGCAAGAAGACCGAAUACAAACUUGAGGCAUGAUGCCAUCCUAGCGACGUAGAGCAAGUUUAGAAGACGAAAAGGGAAGAAAGAAGACGAGCUCGAAUGCAUGAAUGGCUCCCCCAACGCUCGUAUUUAUAGCAGGAUAAAGAGGCGGACGCCAUUCUUAUCAAGGUGGGGAGACGUUGGACUUUGACAGAGGCAACUCGUCGACAAAGUGGUAAGAUUUUCUACGAGCUCUGGGUGAAUAUUUCAAUUCCUUUUCAUGGAAUGUCAAAUUUCUGAAUAGUGUAUAGCUGCAACGACAAAUUUUCCAAACGUUUGAACUUUUUAGAGUUGCAAGAAUUCUUGCUGUAAUCAUUACAAAUUAAUGUCAAAAUGCAUUGCAUUAACAACUAUAUUUGGGUUA